CAGCAGCAGUCCCAAGCAGUGCAGGUGAGAGAGAAAAAAAGAGCCAGAAGAGGAGGAGGAGGAGGAGGAGGCGCCUAUAGUAGAGAUUGAAAGAGAGAGAGAGAAUGCGGGACUCCUGGAAAAAGACGCAGCUUCUCUUGGUCCAUCACCGAGUCGUGCAUCCCGAACCGAGAUAGGAUGCAGAGGAUUACACUUCACUGAUGCUGAGGUCGGAAUCUCCGCUGUAGAUGAACACGAGAGACUUUUCUGAGUCCCUUUCAACAUUUUUUUUUCAAUUCAGAAACAACAAAAACAUGGUCAGAAAGUCGCUCUGAAAAACGCUCUUGUCUCCUCAUAACUUGCUCGGAGGAAUCUGACGCUUUGGCACGCUGCUCCACUGCGGGAGGGGAAAAAAGAGGCAAACGCUUCUGGAUCACAAGGUAAGAAAAGAUCCAGAGGAACCAAAUCCGAAGACCUUAAAAAAGACAAAUUAAUAAAUAAGGAUAGCCAGAAGUGAUUUCAUUUCUCCUCUGUGGAUGCGAGUCAUUUUCCUCUCCGUCCGGAGAUCGGAGCGCUGAGUGGCUUCUGACACUCUCUCUUCUGAGCAGUGUUGCUGCAUUGCAGUUUCUAACUGUGGAAAACGCGAGAAAAGCCGCUAUCCCAAAUGUGAGUGGAAUAAAAAGAAGUUAUAAAUGGCUUUGUGAAGUGACCCGAGCCCCUGUGUGACAGCGGGGUAGUUCAGGACAGAGCGGAGUGAAGCGGAUUCAUCCAAGACUGUAAAUGAGUUUCUGUCUUUCUGUCGCUGCAGGAUGGGUGUUUUUAUAACAUUAUGGCAUGGACUGUCUGUGAAGACAACGGGAUUAUUGUUAUAAAACUUAUUUAAAAAAAAAAAAAAAGCUCACAAAGCACAGGAGGAGGAUAAAGGAAAGGAGGCUGCAGCCAACCACUGAAGUGAAGUGCAGAGAGCAGGAGCCGAUUCCCGGAGCUCGUUCCGCAGAGAGCGAUAUUGAAAGAAGGCACGACAGGAUAAAUCAAACACCCACACUGUGAGGUAACUCACACCAGACCACAAAACGCCAAUAAAGCAGACACAAGCCGCAGCUCAGAGACAGAUAGAGACAGACAGGAAGGAAGAGGGAGCCAUGCAGAGGCUUGGUGCAGUGCAGACUCUCAGCCUCGUGGUCUUAGUGCUGCAGCUGCUGACUCAGCCACCGGGUGCCAACUCAGCUCUCCGGUACCGAGUGGCAGAAGAAGGCCCACCUGACGUCAAGAUUGGCAACGUGGCCACCGACCUGGGUCUCACGGCAGGUACUGGCAGUGGUGAUGUCACCUUCGCCCUGGAGAGCGGAUCAGAGUUUUUCAAGAUUGACAAUGUGACAGGUGAGCUGACAACUGGCCCGCGACGCAUUGACAGGGAGAAGCUGCCACAGUGCCAGAUGAUAUUUGAUGAGAACGAGUGCUUCCUGGACUUUGAGGUUUCAGUGAUAGGGCCGCUGCAGAGCUGGGUGGACCUGUUCGAAGGCCGAGUGGUGAUAACGGACAUCAAUGACAACACACCUUCAUUUCCCUCACCUGUGCUCCAGCUCUCUGUCGAAGAAAACCGCCCAAUAGGAACGCUCUACCUGCUGCCCACAGCCACAGACAGGGAUUUCGGGCGAAACGGUAUCGACAGGUAUGAGUUGAUCCAGGAUGGGGCGCCUGUGUCAAGUUCUAGCAGGCGCACGACUGGAGGAAACCCCAGUGCUCGAGUGGAUGGACUUGUGGACCGGAGAGGCAGGAGUGGAGAUAGUGGAGCAGGGGUCAGGAGCAGUGUUUUUGAACUGCAGGUGGCAGACAUACCAGACGGUGAGAAACAGCCACAGCUCAUCGUGAAAGGCACUCUGGACCGUGAGCAGAAAGACUCUUUUGAGCUCAUCCUCAGGGUCCGAGAUGGAGGAAACCCACCUCGUUCCUCCCAAGCCCUCCUUCGUAUUUCCAUCACUGAUGUGAAUGACAACAGCCCACAGUUUGAGAGAUCCACUUACGAAGCGGAGAUGGCAGAGAACGCUCCACCUGGAACACCUGUGCUCCAGGUCCGAGCCUCUGACCGAGACAUUGGAGUUAAUGGGCAGGUGGAGUACGUCUUCGGAGCUGCCACCGAAUCUGUCCGCCGUCUCCUGCGGCUGGACGAGGCCACUGGAUGGCUGAGCGUUCUCCACAGAAUUGACAGAGAAGAGGUGGCCCAACUCAGGUUCACAGUCACAGCCAGGGACAGGGGUCAGCCUCCCCGCAGUGACCGGACCACAGUGGUUCUGUCUGUCCGAGACGAGAAUGACAACGUGCCAGUGGUGGAGAUCAGAAAGAUCGGUCGCAUCCCCGUUCGAGACGGGGCCUCCUUGGUGCCUGAAAACGUUCUGGUGGACACACCAGUGGCUUUGGUUCAAGUGUCAGACCGAGACCAGGGAGAGAAUGGAGCGGUGACAUGCACGGUGGUUGGAGAUGUUCCAUUCACUCUGAAGCCAGCUGGUGAAACAGUGCUCCCACCAUUGCCUGCAGAUGAAGCAUUCGACAGGAACAAGAAAAAAUUCUUCCUUCAUACUUCUGCACUGCUGGACUAUGAAUCCACCAAAGAGUACAGCGUGACCAUCGUGGCCGUGGAUUCUGGAAGCCCCAGUCUGUCCAGUAAUAGUUCUUUGAUGGUGCGAGUGGUCGAUAUAAAUGACCAUGCCCCUGCCUUUGCCCAAAAUGUUGUCGAGGUCCACUUUGCAGAGAACAACUCACCCGGGGAGAGGGUAGUUACUGUCGUAGCUUCAGACGCAGACAGUGGCAAGAAUGCAGAGAUCGCCUACUCUCUGGACGGCCCUGCUAACGGCCCAUUUUACAUAGAUGCAGAUAACGGGGACAUCCGUGCCACAGGGGUGCUGGAUCGCGAGCAAAGGGAGAGGUACGAACUUCGAGUCAUAGCCAAGGACAAGGGCACCCCCCCUCUACAAGGCUCUGCCACUGUUGUUAUCCAGGUGACGGACCGAAACGACAACGCACCCAAGUUUGUUCAGGAAAUCUUCACGUUCUAUGUCAAAGAGAACCUGCUUGCCAACAGCCCAGUUGGCAUGGUUACAGUGACUGACGAUGACCAAGGCGAGAAUGCGGAACUUAGUCUGUUCGUAGAAAUGGAUGGAGUGGAUGAGAAGAAAGGAGGGGAGAAGACGGAGAGUGACAAGGAGGGAGGUGCCGAUGUGUUUUCCAUUGAGAACAACACAGGAACUAUCUUCUCUUCAGUGUCAUUUGACCGUGAAAAACUGUCCACAUACACCUUCCGUGUUAGGGCCGUCGACGGAGGGGAGCCACGCAAAACCGCCACUGCUACUGUCUCACUCUUUGUGACGGAUGAAAAUGACAACACCCCCUCCAUCACCUAUCCAACCAACAACUCCUACACCCUUCUCCCUCCCGCCAGCAGCGCUCGCACUGUGGUCAGGACCGUGACGGCCGUUGACUCAGACACAGGCCCAAAUGCCGACCUCUACUAUGAUCUGGUUGGGGGAAACCCCUUCAGACUGUUUGAGAUUGGCCACACCAAUGGAGUAAUCACCCUAGUCGAACCCCUGGAGCGUCGCCACAGAGGUUUGCAUCGCCUGGUGGUCCGGGUCAACGAUAGUGGAGUUCCCUCUCUGUGUGCCACUGCUUUGGUUCACGUCUUCAUUAAUGAGAGUGUGGCCAAUGCCUCGCUAGUGGAAGCUCAGGUCACCCGUAGCAUGAUGGCUUCGCUGUUAAUGGAUAUUGCAGGGAACCCGGACAGUGAGCGGGCACUUGGGAAGCAACGCCUCAGCGUCGCGAUCGGUGUCCUGGCUGGUGCCGCAGCAGUCAUCUUAGUAAUUCUCCUUGUAGUCACAGCUCGGCAGUGCGGUGCACAAGGCAAGAAUGGCUAUGAAGCCGGCAAAAAGGAGCCUGAAGAAGAUUUCUUCAGUCCUCCGGGAGCUCACCCACACGCUGGGCGCGGCGGGGGGUCGGACCGCGGACGCAAACCUCGACGAGACAAACGCAACGGAAGCAGCGGCAGCACUGCUGCAGGAAGUGGAAAGUCAGACAGGUCACUUUACAGUGGCAUUGUCACAGUCAAUGGACUGCGCCGCCAUGCUAAUGACGACGAGGAGGAGGAGAUAAGUAGUGCUAGCGAUCGCCUUGCAGCCCGCUACUGUGCUGUAGAUGGGGACCCAGGUAGCCCAAGGAUGGGAGGUGGCAGAAGACACCAAUCAAGCCCCGAUCUAGCAAGGCACUACAAAUCCAGCUCUCCUCUCCCUGCUGUGAACCUGCAACCCCACUCCCCACCAGCUGAAGGCAAGAAGCACCAAGCAGUUCAGGAGCUGCCUCCAUCUAACACCUUUGUUGGCAGUGGAGGCUGUGUGGGAAGUGCUGGAUCCAGUAGCAGCAGUAGUGGAGGAAGUGGCAACGCGGAUGCCAUGUCCUUGGGAUCCGACCAGUGCUCAGAGUACGGCUGCCAGACUGGGAACAAGUACAAUAAACAGGGGACCCUCCGACGGGUGACCUUCUCCAUCGUCAGCCAGCCUCAGGAUGGCGGUUGCUAUGACAGUGGCCUGGAGGAUUCAGAGACGCCGAGCAGCAAGAGUUCAACGGGGCCACGGCUGGGAGCCCUGCCACUGCCCGAAGAGGGCUACGAGCGGACGACGCCAGAGGGGAGUGUAGGGGAGGAGGAGCACGUUGAGAACGAUGCCAGACAGCUGCCAGACGUAGCUCUGACAGGGAAGUGUACCAGAGAGUGUGAUGAAUUUGGCCACUCCGACACUUGUUGGAUGCCCAUCCGCCCCUCACCUCGCCACCGUCAGCGCCAUGGCAGCGACCCCCCUCGGCUGUCCACCUUUACCUCAGGAGACGAUAACAACAACCUUCGUGGUAACGACCAUGAGAGUGACAGCGAGAGCGCCGGAAGUGCAGGGAGCUCAGAGCCCGGUGUGGUUAGUGGCGAAGGUCAAAGAAUUCCCUUGGUCAACGGGGACCCACUCGGCACUCUGGGUAGGGGAGACCGUAACAGAAACAUAGGUGAUCACAACCGUAACCUUCUGAACCGCAAGAUGACUUCAGCUUCCUAUGACACUUUUAGCAGCGCAGGCUUUGGGCGACGCCAGCAAGACGAAGAGGGAGGAGAGGGCCAGAAUCCACCUGAGGUCAUACCACUAACUCGGACAGGAGGAGACUACAAGACCACUUCCUGUCUCACACUGUCACGCCGCGAGGUGUACCUGUGACAGCCCUGCAAUGGAGCACAACGUCCACUUCUGCGAGAGAGGAAGUGUUAGAACUGCACUGGCAAAUCAUCGAUUGGAAGGCCUUAUAGUACAUGUGAAUAUGUAGUAAUGUCUAGAAGAUAUUUUCUAAAGUCUGUGCAUCAAAUUUGAACUUUUUGAAUCUCACUAAUAUUUAUGGGCACUUAAAUUGGAGGGAGUGAUGCUCAAUUCUUCAGCUCUGAUUACAAACACUUAAAAAAGAAAAAACAAAGUUAGUUUUUCGCACUUUCUUUCUUUUCUUCAUCUACAAGAAAGGGUUGCCUGCAGGCAACAAUCCUAUGAGCCCUUGUGGAGGAGGACAGCUCCAUCUCCUCUUUUGACCUGAAUCUAAUGCAUGCCUGACCCUCGGCCGCUGAGGGAUCUGUGUGAAGGAGAGGGAGAUUAAAACUGAGAACAUCCUGGUGCUGUCAAUGCCUCGGCGCAUACACAAACCUUCUCUGAGGCAAAAGGCAAAACAGUAUUGAACUCAACUGAUAAAAGACAUUCUGAAGAUCCACUGAGUUGUUAAGCAGUGAAAAAUACAUAGACGGAGCUAAUGGGUCUCUAACUUAGUUUUAAGGUUACUAUUUAUAUAAAUCAAACCCCCUGAUAGCUCAAUUUAUUGUAUCCCCCAAUGAAAAUGAAUGACAACGUUAGCCAUUUGAUCUACUUAACCUUAGCAAGCAAACGUCUGCUCACUGUACAGUUACACAACAGAGAAAAAGUGCUGAUCUCAUAAAUCAGGUAUUUGUAUUUAAAAAAAAAAAAGUUCAGAUAGUAAAAAAUUUGACUUUUUAUACAGUCAAAUGUAAUUAAUCCAGGACUCACUCACCGUCAGUGGUGCCACAGUUCCUCUGGCUCAUGUGAGAAUCUGUUUUACCAUCACGCCCGGUGUGUACUGUAUAUAUUGUAUGUGUGUAUUGGAUAACCAGGCAGUAUUUUCUCUCUGCUGCUGCCGUGCACUUCACAGUAGACUGAGGUGCUGGGUUCAUGACGCACCUCCAGUGUCCUCACACUGUUCAUGUAUCAAUCUGUUCUUUCAGACACCUACACACACACACACACACACGCACACACAUUUACAAACGCAAGCAUGCACGCACUUACACCCGCGUGCGCGCACAAACACAUUAGCAUAAAUACAAACAGUGCAUCUGCCGAAUGUGAACAUGCAUCAGGCCACAGAUCUUACAGCAAGACCCAGUGGCAGUGUAACAUAAAGUGUAUUUUAACUUGUAUUAGGGUUUUAUACAGAAAAUACUACGUGUGCCGCCACACAGUAUGCGCAAACACACGCUCACACAUGCAGCGUAUUAAAACACAACUCGUAUUAGGAUGUGUGCAACACACUCUCUGUGUGUGUGCAUGACUCAUUCAUGUUUAGUUUUGUUUUUUUCCAUUCGCCUCUCAUUGAACUACUGUAGUUGUAGCAUUUGCCUGCUUCUCUCCAGACACCAUUUACACGUGAAAUGUAUUUAAAUAAUUAACCGUCUCUCCGACUGAUGUCAAGGUCUCCAUCGAAGGAGGGGUGGGGGUUCAGUCAGACCUUCUGUAUGUAAAGAGAAACAUUGUUGGAAUAUGAGAUAUUCUGCAUACUGUAGGUAGGACGCAUAGACAAACCAAACUACUGUAGUUUCCGUAAGAAAAAAACACUGACGAAAAGAUUGCAUGAAAGAAAGGAAAGCUUAACUAUUUUCCCUCUUUUAUAACUUCACCUUUUUUAAAAACCCUACGCCUUUUUUGAUACAUCAGUAUUACAUGUACAGUAUGUGCUCACGGGAGGAAAAAGUUGGAAUCAUUUCCACAGAGAGGGAGUGUCAGCGGAUUAAACUCUUGCUUCUUUAUUAGAGGACGAGUUUGGGCCGAUCUCUUCGUUUUCACACCCAGGAGUUGGCUCAGAGGCCGCUUCAGGCUGCAGGCCGGGGAAAACAACACAAAGUAGUCAAAGUGCUCUGCACUGCGACCUUUCUCACCACACAGCGCUGACCCUAACCAACCCGUACGGUUGUGCCGAACGUGCACAUAACAAACUGUUAUAUUUGUCCUCACAGCAGCUACCACAGGAAGCCACUGCUGCACUGAGGUAAAGGCUGGAUGUGUAUCAGGGCCACGACAUCUUAAUUCUCAUCAUCAGUGUGUGGUUCUUAGGGAUAAUGAGGUUAGGCCCCCGCCUCUUGAUCCGCACAGAUCUCAUUAAUGUUUGCACUGACAAAUGUUACACAGCUGGAAAAUAAUAGUAAGUGCGGCUCUUCAUUUUGUCUGGGCGUGCUGGAACCCACGAGGACACUGGGGUUGGUUAAGGAUCUAAGGGAGAUGAAGUUGUAGAUUUCUGUAGAAGCUCUGAGUCAGAAAAUCACUCAGGUAAGAUGCACAACAUUGUUGAACCAUGUAAGAACUCGUGGCUUCGGCCGCACACUGUUGAUGCUCAGCUGCCCCUCCCUCCUGUGUGGAAACAGUAGUCGGAACCGUCAAUGAUUUUUUUUUCAGUAGCCUGACUGAAGGUUGAACUGAACACUUGUGAUUUCACUUCCUGUACCUGUACAUACCAUCGACUUCACACUGUCGGGGUCUCUGAUGAACUUUGAGCCUCUGUUAGGUCUGACUCAACAUGGCUGUUUUCUGAACUCUGUUAACGAUGAACUGCCGACAGUACAAUGGUGAAAACAAUCACAGCUUCCUGUCGGAUGCAUUCACUCAGACUGGUGCGUUUUCUCCGAUCAACCUCCCUGACACCUUUUUGAUGAACUUACGUCCAUUUGUGAGAUGUGGGCAGAGACUAAGCCUUCUUCAAGCUGCUGUUUUAUGUCAGUUCCAUUAUGGCGUCUCUUAAACACAACAGUCUGGAUUUAGGAGAACUUACUGUAAAUGAAUCUGUGUGGGUGUGUAUCUUUUUUUUAUACUGCACGUUUAAACAUGAAUAUGUUUUAAUAUAUCGGGGGAAACAGAGGGCAGUCAGACAGAGUGGAGUGUUUGAGAGACAUUUGUAAAACAAGACGCUUCAGCAGACAUCCGGUACCUGUCUUUCCCCUUGUGCUGUUAUCCUUAUAGCCGUGUACAGAGAAAAACUACACUGUAGAACAUACAACUGGAAUCCAUAACAGACAAUGGCAUGCUUAAAAUCUUUGAAUCUGCACUUAAAAAAUACUUCUUUUUUUUAAUGAUUAUUUUGUCCUCCUUUGUCCUCUUGUGGGGCUAGCUUGUUUUCGCUGGUCCCUCGCUUUAAUUAAAUAAUGAACUAAUUGCAUUUGCUAUGACAAGGAACAAGAGGAGCUGUCGGCGAAUGGUUUGGUAUGAAGAUGAAUCAUGUAAAAGUUUGACAUUAAAAACUUCAAACAUU